GUAGGCUGGAGUAGGAAACGCAUUCUCACGCACUGCACACCGAACUGAAGCCCGUGUUCAAGAAGCGUAUUUUCUGCUGCGCAACACAUCCAGAUUGUCGCUUUAAGACGCUAUUUUCCGCUAAGAUGUCGAUGACAGUGAAAGCUUACCUCAUCGGUAAGGAAGACUGCAACAAGGAGAUCCGUCGCUUCGCCGUGGAUCAGGAUGUCUCAACAAGUUUUGAGUAUUUGAAGAGAAAAGUGAUCGAUGUUUUUAUCGGUCUCGGGAAUGCGCCCUUCCAAAUGUACUAUAAAGAUGAGGAUGGUGACAUGAUCGCUUUCUCCUCUGACGAUGAGCUCAUGAUGGGGUUGGCUCUUGUGAAGGAUGACACCUUCCGUCUCUUCAUCAAGCAAAGAAAGGAGCACAAACGUGAUUCCUCACCUCAUGGAUUCCCUGGGUUCCCCGGGUUCUCGUUCGCCGGGCCUCAUGGAGCAUCCCACUUUAGCCCUCCAGGACCUCAUCACAUGGGUCCACCUCCAAUGGGGCCACAGGGACCACCUCACAUGGGGCCUCCCCCUCAUCCUCAUCACCCUCCAAUGGUGCACCAAGGUGUGACCUGUGAUGGGUGCGACGGGCCGGUGGCUGGAACUCGCUUCAAGUGCACCGUUUGCCCCGAUUAUGACUUGUGCUCCUCAUGCCAGGGCAAAGGCCUCCACAAGGAGCACCCUUUCCUGCCCAUCUUUCACCCUAUGACCAACCUGUUUGAGUGGUUCCCCCGUGGGAAGUUUUGGCGUAAGAUGAGACACUGCAUGUGGGCGAAUAACCAGGCUCAAGCUCAAGCUCAUGCUCAGGCCCAAAACCAGGCUCAGCCCGGUCCAUCUGGAGACCAGCAAAACCAGGAUGCUUCUGAAAACAUGAGAGAGGACGGUGCUACUGCCUCUUCCCAGGCUAAUAUGGAGUACCUGAAGAACAUUGGAGAGGGAGUGGCGGCCAUGUUGAGCCCUCUUGGCAUAGAUGUGGACAUCGACGUUGAGCACGAGGGGAAGCGGAGCAAAGUCACGCCAACUCCUCCUGCCUCCAGUGGACCACCUAGUGCUCGGAGCGACAGCGGCUCCGUAGGGCUUCUCUCCAGAGGCUCCGGUCCAGGAAGUCAGGCCACUGAAGAGAGCAUCAGUGAGGGAGCAAAGGGGCAGAAAGACCAAGGCAGUGAUGAGGAAUGGACUCAUCUCAGCUCUAAAGAGGUGGACCCCUCCACAGGAGAGCUGCAGUCCCUCAGGUUGGAGCAGGACGGGGCAGAUCUUCCCACCCCACUAAGUACCGUCUCCAGCACAAGCGACACACAGGGUCCCACCGGUCUGCGCGAGGCAGCUCUAUACCCACACCUUCCUCAAGAUGCAGACCCGCGGCUGGUGGAGUCGCUCUCUCAGAUGCUCUCCAUGGGCUUCACCGAUGAGGGUGGAUGGCUGACCAGACUGCUCCACGCCAAGAACUUUGACAUCGGAUCUGCUCUGGACACCAUCCAGUACUCCAAAACACCCGGCCCAAAGAAGUAGAGGAGGAGCGCAGGAAUACAGAAGACUAAUGAUGUUUUAAACUUCUGGCCUAUUUUCUACUAAAACAAUCUUUCCAUUCUUUUUAUGACAUAUUUUUGCUGUUAAUGUUAACACUAUGAGUUACUCAGGUGAUGAGCACAUACUUGAGUUCAUUAUUGGGCUUUUAUGCAAAAUAUAUAUUCAACAUUUCUGUUCAUGCUAUAAUUAUCAUCAUAUAUGCAUAUUACUUUAAGGUUGUUGUUAAGUAGAGCUCUAUAUUUGUGUAAUCAGAGUUUAUGGGUGUUAUAUUUGCAUUUCCAUAAUUAAGCAGUUUUUAGUUGAAGCAAAAACCUGGAGGUAUUUUUAUUCUCAGUUUGAAUAACAGAAGGAAUCGGGUUAAUGUCAUUGUAGGUCUUCUGAAAUUCCUGUCCUUCUAUUCGCAAUAAAAAGCUUCUCCAAAA